AGUGGCCUGCUUUCAACAUGCAGAGCUAGUGAUGCAAGGCCAUGUCAGCUCUAGCAAAGAUUCCUCCUCACCCUCAGGGCAGACAAGCAAGAAAGGGCUGCAGACUGAGGGGAACAUCUGUCAGCUCCUCCAGGUUCUCCUCAACCACAUCAUCAUCCCAGAGGGUACCAGAGGGAGGCUGGCUGUGGUCCAUGAACUCACAGAAAUUAUAAACCGUAUUCAAGCAAGGACUCAAUCCAUCUGAAAAGUGUGUUAAAGGAAAAAGUAAGACAGAUAAAGACAUGGAGCUGCAGCAAGGGGAUGAAAUGGAGGAAGAGGAGAAAAAUGAGAAGAAAACCGUGUCUCAGCCCCAAAGCAAAAUGAAGGACCGGCUAUCAGACCUUCUGGAGCUAUCCAAGCAGAAUGACCAGCAGGUCCCAGACGGGGAUGACGAGUUUGACUCUCUCCACGAGGACAUCGUGUUUGAGACGGACCACAUCCUGGAGUCCUUGUACCGGGAUAUCCAGGACCUCCAGUAUGAAAACCAGCAGUUGAUGAUCGACGUGAAGCGGCUGGGAAAGCAGAACGCCCGCUUCCUCACGUCCAUGCGGCGUCUCAGCAGCAUCAAGCGAGACACCAACUCCAUCGCCAAGGACAUCAAGGCUCGCGGGGAGAGCAUCCACCGCAAGCUGCGCGCCAUGAAGGCGCUGGGCGAGGAGGCCGAGGCCCAGCACGGCCCGCACUCGGCCGUGGCGCGCAUCGCGCGCGCCCAGUACAGCGCGCUCACCCGCACCUUCCAGCGCGCCAUGCACGAGUACAACCAGGCCGAGAUGAAGCAGCGCGACAACUGCAAGAUCCGCAUCCAGCGCCAGCUGGAGAUCAUGGGCAAGGACGUCUCGGGCGACCAGAUCGAGGACAUGUUCGAGCAGGGCAAGUGGGACGUGUUCUCCGAGAACCUGCUGGCCGACGUGAAGGGCGCGCGGGCGGCCCUCAACGAGAUCGAGAGCCGGCACCGCGAGCUGCUGCGGCUGGAGAGCCGCAUCCGCGACGUCCACGACCUCUUCCUGCAGAUGGCCAUCCUGGUGGAGGAGCAGGCCGAAACGCUGAACGUCAUCGAGUUCAACGUGGAGAAGACCCUCGACUACACGGGCCAGGCCAAGAAGCAGAUGCGCAAGGCCGUGGAGUACAAGAAGAAGAACCCCUGCCGGGCCAUCUGCUGCUGCUGCUGCCCCUGCCUCAACUAGCAGGCGGGCCGGGGCCAUCCCGCGCCGACCCAAGGGGACGCGCGCUGGGAAAGACUCGGGGGCCCUCAUCAUUGGGGUGCGUUGUCCCCAUCCCUGUGGACCUCAGCUUUUAGAGGAAGAAGAAACUCAAGGUCCACGCAUUUCAACCCAGCCCAUGUUUGGGAAGAUGGUGGAUGCCAUAACGGUGUUUCUUCAGUAAGGGCAGAUACCGACUGAAGUUGUGUGAGGCCCUUGCGCCCUUAACAGAAGCCAAAUAAAGAACUGAUGUUAUAGCGUGCUGUAGGACAAAUGUCCAAGGCAUGUUUUCUAAUGAUGCUCUAGGGAGGAAGUCAGCUCCGCAUUGGCUUCUAGUAUGAACUCGAACCUUAAGUUCAUUUACGCUAUCCUGGAAGUACCUUGGUUCUGUUCAAUUUCACGUGAAAAUGACCUUGGGAAAAAUUGUACGUCUUUCAUUUCUGAUUCUUCGUCUGGUGUAUGCUGUGUGAUUCCUGCCUAGAUGUACAACUUCUUCCCGCUCACCUCCCCUACUUAUUAAAAUCACUUCUAACACUCAUUUCCUUAUGUCCUCACUUAUAAUAUCUUCCAUCAAAAUAUAUUUUGGAAUUAUUUUCCAAAUAUUUUUAAGCACUGAGUAUUGAACGAGCACUCGAGGUAUGUAUCAGUCACAUUUUAUAUUUUUUCAUAAAUAAAAAUAAUUUAAAAUUUAUCUUUUUUACUUGAUUAUUAUGAAUGCACACACAUAUAUAUGUAAAUGUGAUGUACUAAUAUUAACUAAGCAUGUACAUAAUGACUAAUUGGUUUUAGCUUUACUGUGUAAAUAUAUAAAUAUCAAGAAAAACACUUUUACUGGUUAUUAGUGUUGGUUUUCUGGUUUUGAGUUUAUCUCACUCCCAUCUAUAUCUCCAGUCCAGUUUGAGUCAAAACUUUAUUUUGAACAACUCUGUUGGUUGUGGUGAUAAUGACAGAUGUCAAAGGCUGAAAAUGCAUACAGCACUAGAGGUAGCAAAAUAACAUUCUUGGAAAUAUUACUUUUGUUUUACUGUGGACCAUUCCUUUCAUGCAUUGAAAUGCAGUAAUUUAAAAUAAUCCUGUUUUUCAAGCUAGUUUAAUAAAUGUUACAUUAUAAAUA